AUGGCGGGGUGGGCGGGGGGCGGGGGUGAGGCUGGGGGGGGGGGGGAGGCGGGUGGGAGGGUGGUGAGAGGGGGGGUAGGGAGGGGUGGUGCGGGGGGGGGAGGUGGGAGGGUGGGGGGGACGGGGGAGGGGGGCGGGACGGGGGAGUGGGGCGAGGUGGGCGGGGGGGGUGGGAUGGGAGCGGGGGUGGGGGGGGGCGGGGGGGGAGUAGAUAGGCGAGGGGGGCAGGAGUGUGGGGGGGGGUGGUCGGGGGGGUUGUGGGUCGGGUGGGGGGGGGGGGGGGGGGGUGAGGGCGUGGGCGGGCCCGUGGUGGGUGGGGGGGGGAGGAGGAGGAGGGGUAUGGGUGGCGGGGGGAGGAGGCGGGGGGGCGGAGGGGGAGGACCAUCGGGAGGGGGCAGGGUAGGGGGAGUACAGAGGGUGGAGGAAGGGGGGAAGCGGUGGAGGGGGGGGGGGCGUGGGAGGUGGGAGGGGGCUGGAGAGGGGAGGAGCGCGAGGGGAAGGGCGGGGGGGGUGGGCGCGGGGGGGGGGGGAAGGGGGCGGGGGAAGGGGGGGGGAGGGGGGGGUGGGGGGGGGGGGAGGGUGGGGAGGGGGGGGGGUGGGGGUGAAGGGGAGGAGGCCGGGCGUGGCGUGGGGUGCUGGGAGGAGGGGGGGAGGGAGGGGGCCGGCGGGAUGGAGAGGAGGGGGGGGGGGGGGCGGCGUAGGGAGGGGGGGGGGGGCGGGGUCGGGGGGUGGGCGGGGGAGGCUGGGGGGGAAGGGUGGGGAGGGUGGGGGGAGGGGGGGGGGGGGAGGGUGGGGGGGGGUGGGGGGACUGGCAAAUCGGGGGGGGGAGGGGGGGGGCGGGCGUGGCGCGGGGUGGGGGGGGGGAGGGAGCGAGGUGGCAAAGGGGGGAGGGUGAGGGGAGCGGAGGGGGGAGGAGGGGCAAGAGACGGGGUGGUGGAGGGGGUGGGUGAGGCACAGGAGGGCGGGGGAGGUAGGAGGCGGGGGUGUGUGGAGAGGGGGGGGGACGGAGGGCGGUUGGGUGGGGAGGGGGGGGGGUGGGGUCUGUGGGGGGUGGCGGUGGGGGGAGAGGGGGGGGAGGCGGGCGCGUGGGUGGGGAGGGGGGUGGGUGGGCGGGGGGGGCGGGGGGGGGCAGGGCCCCACAACCCCCGGUGGGGGGGCGUGGAAGGCGGCAGCGGGGGGGGAGUGGGGAUGGGGGGGGGGGUGGGGAUGGGUGAGGGGGGGGGGGGCCGUGGCGGGGGGGGGGGGGGGUGCGGGGCGCGGAACGGCGGGAGCGGGUGGGGGGAGAGGGGCGGAGGGGGGACGCCGCGGGGGGGUAGGGAAGGAGGGUGGUGGACGGGGGGGGAUCGGGGGAGAGGGGGGGGUGGACCGGGGGGGGGGGCGAGGGGCCGGGGGGCGAGCGGGGGGGCGUGGCGGGCGGCCGGAGUUGGGGCGAAGGGGUUGGGGGUAGGGCGGGGUAGGGGGGUGGUGGGGGGUGGAGGGGGGUGGCGGGCGGGAGGGGGGGGGGGGGGGCGGGGGGCGGGGGGAUUGGGGCGGGGGGGCAGGGGGGGGAUGUGGGGGGGCCGGGAGGGCGUAGGGCGGGGGGGGGCGGGGGGGGGGGUUGGGGGGGGGGAGCGUGGGGGGGGGUGGACUCAUGGCUUGAGUGGGGGGGGGGCGGGGGAGGGGAGAAGAGGCGGGGGAGGCGUGGGGUGGGGAUGGGGGGGGGGGGGAGGUUGGGGGGCUGGGGGUGGGGAGCGGGCUGGGUGGGGGGCUCGGGUGAUGGAGCGUGCGGGUGGGGGCGUGGGGAGGCCGGGUGUGGGGCGGGGGGGGGGGGGGGGGGGGGGGGGGUGGGGGGGGGGGGAGGGCCGGGGGGGGAGGGGCGUGGGAGGCGGGGGGGGUGGGGGAGGGGCGGGCGGGGGGGUCGGGGGAGGGGUGGGGGGGCAGAAGGGCGGGAGUGAGAAGGUGGGGGGGGGCAUGGGGGUAUGGGGGUGGGGUGGGUUGGGUGGGGGGGGGGAGAUAGCCAGUGGGGGGGAGGGGGCAGGGGGGGGGUGGAGGGGGGGGGGGUGGGCGGGAGAAGUCUGGCAGGGGGGGGGGGGCGGGGGGGGGGGAUGGCAGGGGGGGAGGGGGGCGGGAGGGGGGGGUGGGGGGGGGUGGGGGGAGGGCGGUGGCCGGAGAGAUGGGGGGGGGAGGGGAGGGGGCAUGGGGGGGGGGGGGGGGGGGGGGGCGGCGUGGGAGUUGGGGCGGGGGUGGGCGAGAGUGGAGGGGGGGGGGGGGGUGCCGGGCGGGUGGGGAGGGGGGGAAGGGGGGGGUGAGGGAGGGGGGUGGGGGGGGGGGGGGGGGGGGGGCGGGGGGGGUCGGUGUGGGGGGGGGGGACGGGGUGGGGGCGAGGGGGGGCUUUGGGCGGAGGGGGUUUGGGUGAGGGGGGGUGGUGGGGGAUCAGGGGGGGGGGGGGGGUUCGGGGGGGUGGGGGCGCGUGGGUGGGGGGAAGGUGGGGGGGGGUGGGGGGGGGGGGUGUGGCGGGUGCGGGGGGAGCGGGGGGGUGGCGGCCGGGGGUGGAGCGGUUCGGGGGGUGUGGGGGUAGAGGGGGAGGGGGGGGGGGGAGGGGGUAGGGGGGGGGAGAGCGAGGGGUGGCGGGGGGAGGGGCGGGUGGUUGGGUGGGGGGCGGGGCGGGAGUGCGAGCGCGGGGGGGGGCAGGGGGGGGAGGUGUAUGGAGGGGGGGGGCGAUGGGGGGGGGGGGGGUGGGAGGGGGGUGGGGGGGUCGGAGGGGGAGGGGGGGGGGGGGUCGGGGGGGGGGGGGGUGGGGGUGGGGGGAGGGGGGGGGGGGGGCGUCGGGGGGAUGUGGGGGUCGGGUGGAGGGGGCGCGGGGCGCGAUGGGGGGGCGGAGGGGGGGGGUGCGGGGCGGGGGGGGGUAGCGCGGAGGGUGGCGUGGGGGCGGGUGGGGGGGUGGGUGAGGGGGGGGGGGGGGUGGGGUUGGGGGAGGGGGGGAGGGGGUGGGAGGGGGGUGCGGGGGGGGGGGCAGUGUGGGGUUGGGGGGGGGGGGAGCAAUGGGGGGGGAGAGGGGGGGGGGGGGGGGGGUUGCGUAGGGGAAGGGGGUGGGGGGAGGGGGGUGGGGGGUGGGGGGGGGGGGGGGGGGAGGGCCGAGUUAGGGGGUUCGGAGUGCGUGGGGGGAUGGGGGGGGGGGGGGCGGGGGGGGGGGGGGGGUGCGGUGGGGCGGGGGCAGGCGGAGACGGGGGUGGGCGGGGCGGGGGGAGGGGUGUAGCCGGGGUGGGGGCGGGGGCUGGGGGGGCGGCGAGGAGGUGGGGGAGUGAGGGGGGGGCGGGGGUGGGGUGGGGCGGGGGGGGGGGGGGGGGCGGGGGGUGGGGGGGGAGGGGGGGGGGGGGGAGGGGGGUGGGGGCGGGCUCGAGGGAGGGGGGUAGUGGAGUGGGGGGGGGUGGGGGGGUGGUGGAGGGGGGGGGGGGGGAGGGCGUGAGGAGGUGCGGAGGGUGGAGGGGUGGGGGCUGGGGGGGGACCGGGGGGGGGGGGGGGGAUAGGGGGGGGGGGGCGCGGGUGGGUGCGGGGGGGCGGGGCGGGGGGUGGGGGUGGGGGGUGGGGGGGGGGGGGGGGCGCGGGCGGGGGGGGGGGGCGUGGUGUGGGCGGGGGGGGGCGGGGGGGGGGGCGGGGGGGGGGGUGGGGGGCGGGGGGGGGUGGGGGGGGCGUUGGGGGGUUGGACGGGCGAGAGGACGCGGGGGUGAACAAUCAAAUAACCGACAUAAAAUCCGAAACAGCGGGUGGGGGGGGGUCCGGGGGCGGGGGGCGGGGGGGGCUGGCCGGGGGGGGUGGGGGAGAUGGGUUGGGGGGGGGUGGUGUUGGGGAGGGUUCGCGGACGCGGGCAAGGGCGGGGGGGGGGGGGGCGGCGGAGGGAGAGGGGGCAUGGUUGCGGAGGGAGGGGGGGGGGGGGGCAGGGUCGGGGGGUCGGGGAGAGGGGGGGGGGGGACGGGGCUGGAGGGGGGGGAUGGGGGGGCGCGGGGCGGGGCGGGGGGGCAGGGGGGGCGGGGACGGGGGGGGGAAGGUGGGGGGGGCGUGGAGGGGGGAGGGCGGUGUGGGGAGGGGCGGGGGGGGUGGGGGGGGGUUGUGGGUGGGGGGGACGGAGUGGGGGGGUGGGGUGGGUGGGGGGUUGGGGGGGGGAGGAGGGUCAGGGCGCGGGAGGGGGGGGAGGUGCUGGGGGGGGGGGGGGUGGUAGGGGUGGGUGGUGGGGGGGGGAAGGGGGGGCGCGGGGCGGGGGGGGUGCGGGGGGGCGUGGGGGGGCGAGGGGGGUGGGGGGGGGGCGGGGCGGUGGGGGUGAGUGUGGUGGGGGGGGGAGGGGGGGUGGGGCUGAAGGGAAGGGAGGGGGGGGGGAUACGAGGGGGGGUCGGGGGGGCUGCGGUGGAGUGCGUUGUAGGGGGGCGGGUGGGGGGAGGGGGGGGGCGGGGAAGGGGGCUAGGUCCGUGUCGGGUGGCGGUGGGGGUGGGCGGGGGGGAGGGGGAGGAAGCGGGGCGCGGGGGGGGGGGGGGGAGGGGGGGGGGAAGGGUGGGGGAGUAUAGGGGGGGGGAGGGGGGGAUUGUGGGUGCGGAGGGGGGGGGGCGGUGGGGGGGAAGCGGGGGGAGGGGGGUGGGGGGCGGGGGGAGGGUGCGGGGGUGUUGGGGGGCGGGGAGGGAUGGGCGGGGGGGGGGGUGCGAGGGGCGGCCGGAGGAGGGGGGAGGGGCGGAGAAAGGGGCGCGGGGGGGGUGGGGGGCGGGGCGGCGGAGGAGGGGGGGGGGAGGGCGGUCGGCGGGGGGGGGGGGAGGGGCGGGGGGGUGGGGAGCGGGGGGGGGGGGGGGGGUGCGUGGGGCAGGGGCGGGUGGGGGGGGAGGGGGAGGGGGGGGGUGGCUGGGGGGGGGGGGAGUGUGGGGGCGUGGAGGGGGUGGGGGGGGUGGGGGGGAGGGGGAGGGGGGGAGGGGGGGGGCGCGGGUAAGAGGGUGGGCGAGGGUGGGUGGGGGGUUGCGGUUGGUUGGGGGGGGAGGGGGGGGCCGGGAGGCGGGAGGGGUGGGGAGGGAAGAGUGGGUGGGGGUGGGGGUGGGCGUCGAAGGGGGAGGGGUGGGGGGGGUGAGGGGUGACGGUGGGGCGAGGGGGGCGGGGGGCGUGGGCCGGAGGGGGUGGGGAACUGGCAGCCGGAGGGGGGGAGGAGCGGGGGGGAAGGGUGGAAGGGCGGGGGGUGGGGGGGUCGGAGGGGGGGGGGGGAUAGCGGGUGGGGUGGGGGGCCGUGCGGGCGCGGGGGGCGGGGUGGGCAGGGAUGAGGGGGAGCGGGGGGGUGGGGCGGCGCGGAAUGCGAGUCGGGGGGGGGGGGUGGGGGGUGUGGGCGGAGGGGGGGAGGGGGCGGAGGGUUCGAGGGGGUGGGGGGGACGGGUCGGAGGGGGGGGGGGCGGGGGGGGGUGGACGGGGUGGGGAGGGGUUGGGAAAGAGGAGAGGGGGGAAGGGUUGGGGGGGGAGGGGGAGGAGCGCGGGGAGGGGGGGGUGGUGGUGCGGGGCGGCGGGGUGGGGGGCGUGAUAAGUGGGGGGGGGGGGGGGUACGGGGGGGGGGGGGGGGAGUGGUCGGUGGUGGGGGGAGUGGGGGGUCGGGGGGGGGGCCUUGGACUCAUGCUGCCUAGGAUAAGAGGUCGGGGCAUGUGCGACCGGUGGGACAGGGGAUUGGAGGGUGGGCCCGGAUCAGUGAGGGUGGGGUGGGCCGGCACGGGCGUUGGUGAGUGGGGUGUCGGGGGGGGGGGUGUGAAGCCGUGGGGUACGCCGCAGGGGGCGCGGGGAGGAGAAGGGGGGGGGGGGUGUGGGGGGUCUGAGGGGACGGGGGGGAGCGCGGGGGGGUGGGGUGGGGGCGGGGAGCGAGCGGAGGGGGUGAGGGUGGUGUGGGGGAGGAUGGGAGGGGGGGGGGGGGCGGUCGGGGGUGGUGGGGGGUCGGGUCGGGGGGGGAGGGGACUGCGGGGGGGGGGGGGGGGGGAAGGGGGUGGGGGGGGGUUGGGGGGGGGCGACUGGGGGAGGAGGGGAGGAGGGUGGGGUGGGGGGGGGCCGGGGGGGGGGGAAAGGGGCGCGGGGGGGUGA